CGCACUGCAUGCCUGAUGAUUAUUUCUUUGUGUGUCUUUGACCACGGUAAAGUCUGCAAAGGACAACAAGCGGAAGGCCAUGGUGUGUUUAAUCAUCACAAAACCCUCCUUUUCUCUGUUUGCCCCAACAGAUACAUAGAAAACCAAGCCCACCUGGAGAACAUCACAGAGCUGGACCUGGUCUACUACCGGGAGCUGAAAAACCUCACGGUCACAUCCUGUAAACUACGCCUCAUUUCCCCCGGAGCCUUCCAGCACAACCCCAAGCUGCAGUAUAUAAACCUGGCAUCCAACGUCCUGGAGCACAUCAGCUGGAGAGUGUUUCACUUUCUCCCUCUGCUCAACCUAGUGCUGAGGGACAACCCACUGGUGUGCUCCUGUGAAAUCCAUUGGCUGCAGCAGUGGGAGCGCAGUGGGCGGGCUGACCCCGACAACCAACCAAUGACCUGCUUCUCCUUUGGACAGGAAGUACUUCUGAACAUCCUGUCCAUGGACAACUGCUCUCUUCCUGAAGUGACCAUCCUCCCGUCCGCCACUAAGGUCAAGGAAGGAGGCAGCCUGAUGUUUGAGUGUCAUGUGAGCGGGACCCCUCCCCCCGUGGCGAGCUGGCGUACUGAGAGGCUCCAUUCCCGCCAUGUGUUCGAGAGGAGGGUUAUGGUCUCCACCCUGGUGCUGGUGCUGCAGCUCCUGGAGGUCUCCUCUAAGGACAACCUCCACAACCUGACGUGCGAGGCGGAGAACCAAGCUGGGCCGGGAGAGGACAUGGUGCAGCUGGACAUCGAGUUCCCGGUGAGGAUCCUGUUCCUGCGCAAGGCCGAGCGGCAGCACCACUGGUGCUUUCCCUUCGCGGUGGACGGGAACCCCGAGCCCACCAUCCAAUGGCUGUACAACGGCAAGGAGCUCACCGAGAACAGGUACACCUACACCCAGCUGUUCCCCGACACGGACGAUGGCUCCGUCAAGCACGGCUGCCUGUUCCUCAACAAGCCCACCCACCUGAACAACGGCGUGUACACCAUGGUGGUCCGCAACGUACUGGGCCACGACCAGGCCAACGCCACCGGGCUCUUCAUGAACAGCCCUGCCGAUAACUUCGACGAUGGCGCCAUUCCCGUCUUCGAUCCAAUUCCUACCAACACAUCCAACAAGCAUGUGACGGAGAGCAAGGAGAGUCGCCUGUUUGUGAUCUCUGUGGCGGUGGGCCUAGCUGUGUUCGCGUGUGCUUUCCUCCUCGUCAUGCUCGUGGUGAUCAACCGAUGCGGACAGCACUCAAAGUUUGGCAUUCACCGUACGUUGGCAUGCCACUCAUUCAUAGUCAAACAGCGAGGAUGUUCCUUCAUUAUUGCAUUCAUAAAAACCCUUCUGUUUAGCAGAGCAUCUCUGUUUUUCGGUUUACUUCACCUUUAAUAAUAUAUUUUUUAUUCUUUUGAAUAGUUAUACUAUUUGAUAUGGAGAUAAUGACACCAUAC